AAAAUUUCUUCAGCCAUAUUGUAAACAUUCAUCAUGGCAACUGCCCACAGUUUGUCUGUUGUAACAAAUUCUUGUAUUAAAACACCACUCAACCCAAAAACUAAACUUGCAGCAACUUUAGACGAACGAGAAGACAGCUUAUAUCAAAGUUGGGGUACUCAAAAUGAUUUUGGAGCUCAUAAUGGAGAAGGCAAUAAAUUCAUGGAGAAGAGCCCAGCCGGGAAUGACUCUCCUCGCUCUGUUGAUUUUUCAACUGCGGACGGUAUGAUAAAAAGCCUAACAAAUGAUUUAGGCAAUCUGAGUGAUGCUGAUUUCUAUGCUAAACUAACGGAGUUACGACAAGAGCACAGACGUACUCUAGGAUUAUUUGAAACGAUGUACAAUGACAAAUUGAAAGACGAAUGUAAAGACGAAUUUGAUUUUGAAAGAUCACCAGCUCCUUCUUUUAGUCGGGGUCAUCCUGUUUAUGUCGGUGAUCAUAAACUUCACCAUAUUAAUGAUGAAAUAGAAGCAUAUAACAAAAGUCAACCAUCAUGGUCUGCACUGAAUGACAAUCUAAAAGACAUGUCAGCAAGUAAACCUCCAACCGGUCGUACUCGUUCAGCGUGGUCAGGGAGUCGACACAAACAGAGAUCUCAUCGUCGUAGUGGCAGUGUAUCUGGUGAUGAAUUCACAAAUGUUGCUUUAAGUUCCAGUCGAAAUCUAAGCAGAAGCUCUGAGAGUCUAUCAUUUUGUUCAUCAGCAACACAUUCAAGGCUGCAGUCAUCAAGAUCAAGUACCCCAGUAGCUAUGGUUGAGGAUAUGUGGGAAGAUUUCUCUUUGGAAGACUACAUGCCACGAGCACGAAGUGUGGCCUCUUCCAAGUCAUCAACAUCAAAGAGAAAGGAUUGGUCUCCAAAGAUCACAAUACCUAAACCCUUUAAAAUGACUCAGCGGGAUGAAUGCAAAGAAAGAACUAAAUCGCGUACAUUGCUAGAGCAUGAGCAGGAACAACUAGAAAAAGAAAAAGAAAUUGAAGCAGUAUGCAGCCAGAAGUUUACAGCAACACCUGUACCUGGACAUACCUAUCUACCUCUGUUUGAUGAAAUUAUGGAACGUCAAGAAGAAAGAAGGCGCAGAAAUCAAGAACUAAGUAAGGAAGUUUUGAAGUCAACUGAGAAACCAUUUACAUUUAUAAAGCGAGAAACGGAUAAAAAGCAAAAUCAAAGGAAACCUUUCAAAUCUAUUGCUCCAAAGCCUAAGAAAAAGCAAUUUAAGGCUAACCCAGUCCCAAAAGAGAUGUUGAACUCAUCUAUCGAUGAGAAAAUUGCAGAAGAAGAAGAAUAUCGCAAAAUUCGUAUCAAAAUGCGAGCAGAAGAACUACUGAGACAAUCAGCCCUACCUCCAAAUAUGCAAGUUAAAGGUAAAGAAUACACAGAUGGAAAGAUGAGACAAAAGAUGUACAAGAAACGUGAAAAGAAUGCCUUUAUAACGUCCGAGCAUAAAUUCAGACCAAACAUUAAUGGAGAUGUUCCUGACUACGAAGAAUUGCAUUGGAAGUUCAAAAUGAAAUUGGACAAAGAAAAACAAGUAAAAGAGCCGACGGUUGUCGAACCAUUCAACUUAAGAACAGCCAGAAUACCUUCAAAGAAAGACAAAGUGUUGAUGGAUAUUACGAAAGAUGAGGAAACAUUGACUGAACAGAGAUGGCCAUAUUUAAGCUCAAGAUCCAGCGUUAAGUUCUCCCAUGGUAGUAUCAACAUUCCAGAUGAUGCAAUCCCAACGAAGACUACUCACACCUCAUCUCUAAGGGAUUCAUUAAAACAGAAGAGGAAAGAGGAAGAAAUAAAAAAGAGACAAGAUAUCAUGGAAAAAGAAAAAGAGAAACAAAUGCGAGAACGAAAACUUAAAAGGUUCAUUGCAGAAAAGGCUAUGGCAAAUGACAACUCAAGCACAUUGGAGUCGACUCAGAAAGACAAACUCCGCAGACAUAGGGAGGCAGACCGAGAACGAAAAGAGGAGUAUGAGCAGGAGUUGAGGGAGAUGUUAAGUAGAGUUGAAAGUCGUCCUUUACUUUUUGAACGUGAAUCAACGAUAAAUGCUAAACGCAAGGCAGAGCGCAAGUAUCAGCAGGCCCUUCUAGAGGCUGGCAUAGAGGAGGAUUUUCUUCUACGUAAGAGCCGUGGACAGGUGUCCGUAGGUCAAGUUAAUGGUAUCGACGAUACGAAUGAAGAAGACGAUGAUGAGUACACGUAUUCUUUUGAUCGUAAUGACGAAGACGAUUACAGGUACAUGAGGUCAAAAGAUGAGUCUAGUUAUACUAGUGACAGACACGGACCUUCAAAGACUGAAGACUCCCAUGAUGGAUUGUCUCCGGGUGAAAGAACGCCAAGCUCUAUUCAUUCUGAAGAUAUUGAUGAUGAGGAAGAGGAGGAGGAUGCCAUGGCUAAUGGUUGGAAGUGAACAUGGUAGUAACCCUCCCACUAUCUCAACAGCACAAGAACUAGAACACUAGUCGUACGGCUAUUGGUUGAUACAUCCAUGUCAUCUCUGUCAGUGCUUGACAAUGAAAAGCCGUCUGUUGAUUGUCACUGACAUUCUAAGCUCAUCAUUUUAAAAAAACGAUCUGUUACGUGAUUCUUGUUGUGUUGCAUUCUCCAUGGAAAUGCGUAAACCGACAGCCAUUGGUGUAGUGUGUACUGUCUGUAUUGAGUUGAUAAAUAAUAAUAAUUGAUAAUUGAAAAUUAAAACAUGAAAGCUUUAAUUGCGUUUUAGACAAAAUAAUACAGUACAUGGUUUUGACCAUUACAUUUACCUUUGCUGAAAAUAUAAGGAUUUUUAAAGUACUGUAAAGCUUUGUCAAGAUUAUCAAAUUUUCUUUGUACAAAAAAAAUGUAUAUUACAUUUUAUUAUACAGUUAAACUUGCCUAACUCAUAUAAUUUCUAAGUUGAUCUUAU